AUGCUGCUACUUGCGACAGUCCUGCUUCUGGUUGAAGCUGCGACGGCUGUGUCUCCUACGGUCCGACUUCAAUACGCCUCGUACGAAGGCACUGCACUGGCAAAUGGAGUCACGCAAUGGCUUGGACUCAGAUUCGCGGCGCCGCCUUUGGGAAAUCUGAGAUUCGCUGCACCUCAAGAUCCAACGCCAGAGUAUGGAGUACAACAGGCGGAUGAGCAUGGAAAGAUAUGUUUGAGCACAGCGGGCGGACCACCGUCGAAUAGCUCGGAUGAGGACUGCUUGUUUCUUGACGUCUAUGCGCCUAGCAAUGCGACUAGGAACUCCAAGCUGCCGGUCUACUUCUUCAUUCAAGGUGGCGGAUUCAACUCGAACUCCAAUCCCAACUACAACGGCUCAGGGUUGAUAAUGGCAAGCGACUACAACAUGAUUGUCGUCAACUUCAACUACCGCGUGGGUCCAUAUGGCUUCCUAGCGAGCGAGGAAGUCUCCAAAGGCGGCAGCAUCAACAAUGGCCUCAAGGACCAGAGGAAAGCCUCGCAGUGGGUGCAGAAGUACAUCUCGCAGUUCGGCGGAGAUCCCAGACAUGUGACCAUGGGAGGAGCCAGCGCAGGCGCCCAGAGCGUGACCUUGCACGUCACAGCAUACGGCGGCCGCAACGACCAUCUCUUCAGCGCCGUGGCAUCAGAAUCGCAGUCCUUCCCACCACUGCGCAACGUAUCCGAAAGCCAGUUCUCCUACAACGGCCUCGCCAUCCGAGCCGGCUGCGCUUCUUCCUCAGACACCCUAGCCUGUCUCCGAAACCUCUCUGCCACCGACCUCCAAGCCGUCAACAUCAACCAGCCCUUCCCGGGGGCCCAGCAACCACCACUCUACAUGUACGGCCCGACACUCGACUACGACUUCAUCUCCGACUACACCUACCGCGCCUACGCCCAGGGGAAAUUCAUCAAAGUCCCCGCCAUCUAUGGCGACGACACGAACGAGGGCACCGUUUUCGCGCCCAAGAACACGAGCAGCUACGCGGAGAGCGAUACGUUCCUGCAGAACAACUUCCCGGAUUUGACGCUCGCGCAGCUGGGCAAGAUCAAUGAACUGUAUCCUGUGGAGGAUACGCCGAGUUUCCCGGAUUCCAGCAGGUUCUGGCGACAGGUUAGUGAUGUAUAUGGUGAGAUUCGGUACAUCUGUCCGGGGAUUUUUGUCAGUCAGCAGUAUGCGAAGAGUAAUAUUCCGAAUUGGAAUUAUCGGUGGAAUGUGGUUGAUCCGGAGGCUGCUGCUGAAGGCACCGGCGUAGCCCACACAGUCGAAGUCAACGCCAUCUGGGGCCCCUCGAACGUCAACGGCAACGCCCCCGCCUCCUACGACCCAGACGGCGUCAACUACCCCAUCGUGCCCCUCGUCCAGAGCUACUGGACGAGUUUCAUCCGCUCGUACAACCCCAAUACGUAUCGACAGAGGGGUGCGCCCACGUGGGAGGAGUUUUCGGGGAGGAAUUAUAAUCGACGACUGAUGUUUCAGACGAAUGAGACGGAGAUGGAGGGGAUUGGGAGGGGACAGCAGGGGCGGUGUGCGUAUUUGGUGGGGAUUGCGUUGGGGUUGAAGCAGUGA